AUGGCUAUGAAGUGGCAGAAGUUUGGGGGCAUCCAAAGGAAGAGGAUUUCUCUUCCAAGACACAAUGGCAAAGCUGAUAGGAAAGGCCAUUUUGUUAUGUACACGACUGAUCAAAAGCGGUUUGUUGUUCCCCUGAUUUAUCUUGACUGCAAAAUCAUUAGGCAACUCCUUGAAAUGUCUGAAGAGGAGUUUGGACCUCCAAGUGAUGGGCCUAUUAUAUUACCAUGUGAUGCAGUCUUCUUGGACUACAUCAUUUCUGUUAGGAUCAAAGGCCUUUGCCCAACAAUUCUCCCAGCAUCAGACUGUCUUACUCGCAUCAGACUGUCUUACUCUGAUACUACUUGUUAG